AUGGAAAGGCUGGAUGAAUCUGUCCGACUUUUGAAUGGCACGCUGGCUUCACUCGAGGAAGCGGUCGAAACGCUACACAUACAAACCAAAGACGUGUCUGGAUUACAGCAAACGUUGCACACAAGGCCGCUGUUCGACGUGUUGCCGGAGCGCAUAGUGCUGCAAAGACCGCUUAGAAUUCAAAAGGUGGUGAAGCCGCUCAUCGAGAAGGACAGCGCCACGUUGGCCGGUCUGCUCAGCAAAUAUAAAAAGAAGAGACUGAUAUUGGAGCAACAGUCGAAGAUAGCGAAACUCAAGCUAGAAACGUUGAAUGGCUGA